UAAUACAAUGCAGAUAUGUCACAAAGAAUGAGAAUGUUUGCGGGAUUAACUGUUACCCGGCAGCUCAAACCACUCGGGGAGAGGAAGCAGCAAUGGGAGAAGUUUAGGAGGCGGAACCCCUCACUGGUAAAUGAUAAGGAGAUACGGGAGGCUGUCGGCAGGUUCUGCCAUAUAGAAGGGUCAGCAGUUACGGAGGACAUGCUGCGGGAAGUGAGUCUGAGGUAUAAGAAAAUGAGAGCUGACCGCAAGCACAGACUUGGCAAGGUUAAAAGGAUAGGAGGAAUCACCGCUGAUGUGGCGGUCCAGACAGAAUCCCUGCACAGCUUAGAGUGCAAGGAGUGCACAACAUAUGCGAUGAAGCAUGUGUGUCAAAUUAGGGCAAGUGAGCUGGCCCAACUACAGUCUGAGGUGUUGCUAAGGCAAUGCUCUUCACCCCCAAAUGCCUCGACCAUCAAGGAAGAAAUCUGAUGACAGCGUCCUCUCCUCUGCUUGGCGUUGCCAGAAGAACAAAACUCUUAAAUGUCCCUGCCACUGCUACCUCGCUCUCA